CGGGGCGGGGCGGGGCGGGGGCCUGGGACCCUCAGGCUGGGCGGGGCACGGAGCCAGAGGCUCCACAACUCCUCACGGCCCCGCCUGGCCCGGUGGGCUCACCAGCGAGCGGGACGCCGUGCCGCCCCAGGGAGCGCAAGUACAGGUGCCCCGCCGCCCCGUUGGAGCCUCAUGGCCCUGGAAUUGCGGCGUUCGGCAGGUCGAUCAGGGAUCAAUAGCAGCUCCGGCAGCAUCAUGUCUCAGGCAGCAGAGGCCCUGCCAGACAGCCAGGCAGCGGUCCGAGGUGGCCCAGCUGGGGCACAGUAGAGGGGAGGGCGGGUGCGCGGCCAGGAGCCUCCCAGGCCCCCGCCCUCGAGACCCAACUCCAGCCCGGGCCGGAACAAGUUGCACCGGUGGCGGAGAGUGAGGCUGCAGGACCACUGGCCCGCCAUGCCGGCGGUCAAGAAGGAGCUACCCGGCCGGGAAGACCUCGCCCUGGCUCUCGCCACUUUCCACCCAACACUGGCUGCGCUGCCACUGCCGCCGCUGCCGGGCUACCUGGCGCCACUGCCAGCGGCAGCCGCCCUGCCCCCGAUCGCCUCGCUACCCGCCGCGACCGCGGGCUACGAGGCGCUGUUGCCCCCUCCGCUCCGCGCAUCGCGCGCCUACCUGAGCCUGCACGAGGCCGCCCCGCACCUCCACCUGCCCCGAGACCCUCUAACCCUCGAGCGCUUCGCGGCCACUGCGGCCGCGGCACCGGAUUUCCAGCCGCUGCUGGACAACGGCGAGCCGUGCAUCGAGGUGGAGUGCGGCGCCAACCGCGCUCUGCUCUACGUGCGCAAACUCUGCCAGGGCAGCAAGGGUCCGUCCAUCCGCCACCGCGGCGAGUGGCUCACACCCAACGAGUUCCAGUUCGUCAGCGGCCGCGAGACGGCCAAAGACUGGAAGCGCAGCAUCCGCCACAAAGGGAAAAGUCUGAAGACGCUUAUGUCCAAGGGGAUCCUGCAGGUGCAUCCUCCGAUCUGCGACUGUCCAGGCUGUCGAAUAUCCUCCCCGGUGAACCGGGGCCGGCUGGCAGACAAGAGGACAGUGGCCCUGCCCCCAGCCCGGGUCCUGAAGAAGGAGUUGACCCCCAGCUUCUCAGCCAGUGAUGGCGACAGCGACGGCAGUGGCCCAACCUGUGGGCAGCGGCUGGGCCUGAAGCAGGAGGAUGACCCGCACGUCCAUAUCAUGAAGAGAAGAGUCCACACCCACUGGGACGUGAACAUCUCCUUCCGAGAGACAUCCUGCAGCCAGGACAGCGACCUUCCCACCCUCAUAUCCAGCGUGCAUCGCAGCCGCCACCUCGUUAUGCCCGAGCAUCAGAGCCGCUGUGAAUUCCAGAGAGGCAGUGUGGAGAUAGGCCUGGGAGCCGCAGGUGACCUGCUGGGCAAGAGGCUGGGCCGCUCGACCCGCAUCACCAGUGACUGCCCUUUGGAGAAGAAGGCCCGAAGCAAGUCCCCCCAAGAGACUCUCCUGCUUCCGGAAUUAGGGCCCAGCAUGGCCCCCGAGGAUCACUACCGCCGGCUGGUGUCCGCCCUGAGUGAGGCCAGCAACUUUGAGGACCCUCAGCGUCUCUAUCACCUGGGCCUCCCCAGCCACGAUCUCCUGAGGGUUCGGCAGGAGGUGGCAGCAGCAGCUGUGAGGAGCCCCAGUGGCCUAGAAAUCCACCUGCCCUCAUCCUCACCAGGUCAACGUCGGAAGCAGGGCCUGGCUCAGCACCGAGACAGCACCACCUCAGCUGGCACCUCAUCCUUCUCAGAGAGGGAGCUGUCGCAGCCGCCCCCCUUGCUGUCGCCCCAGAAUGCCCCCCACAUCGCCCUGGGCCCCCACCUCAGGCCCCCCUUUUUGGGGGUGCCCUCGGCCCUGUGCCAGACCCCAGGUUACGGCUUCCUGCCCCCUGCCCAGGCAGAGAUGCUCGCUCGGCAGCAGGAGCUUCUGCGGAAGCAGAACCUGGCCCGGCUGGAGAUGUCAGCAGAGCUGCUGCGCCAGAAGGAGCUGGAGAGCGCACACCGGACACAGCUGCUGGGCUCCGAAGCCACCCUGCGCCCGCCCGAGGGUGCCGAGGAGCUGCAGCGGCGCGGGGCCAUGCUGGUGCUGAGACACAGCUCCGCGCCGCUGCUGGCCCUGCCUCCCCAGGGACCCCCCGGCCCAGGCCCCCCGACCCCGCCCCCGCCCCGGGAGCCUGCCCACCGAGCUCCUCGGAAGGGGGCCUCCAGUCCUGCCUCAACCCGGCCAAGUGAGCCCAAGGAGAACACAGGGGCAGGGAUCUGGGCACAAGACGGUUCUGAAGAUGAGCCCCCCAAGGACUUGGACGGAGAAGACCCUGAGAUGGUGGCUGCUGGAGGCCAGGGCCCCACGUCAGGCCAAGCCCCAACUGGAGGGAUCCGCUCUGAGGGGAAGGGGCUUCUCUCAGGAUCCAUGCUGCCCCCUCCCCUGCCCCUGGGCUUCCCCUAUGCUGUCAGCCCCUACUUCCACACAGGCACCGUGGGGGGCCUCUUCAUGGAUGGGGAGGAGGCCACAGCCCCUGAGGACGUCAGCAAGUGGACAGUGGACGAUGUCUGCAGCUUUGUGGGGGGCCUGUCCGGCUGUGGAGAAUAUGCACCGGUCUUCAGAGAACAGGGGAUUGAUGGGGAGACCUUGCCCCUGCUGACAGAGGAGCACCUCCUGACCACCAUGGGGCUGAAGCUGGGGCCUGCUCUCAAGAUCCGGGCCCAGGUGGCCAAGCGCCUGGGCCGUGUCUUCUACAUGGCCAGCUUCCCUGUGGCUCUGCCGCUGCAGCCACCAACGCUGCGGGCUCCUGAUCGGGAGCUCACUUCAGGGGAGCGGCCCCUGUCCCCGACAAUGGCCCCCUCCCCCUAUGGGGGGACCCACCCCCCUGUUGGCCGAGCCUCACCCAAGCAAGAGAACGGAAGCAUGGCUCUGCUCCCAGGGGCCACAGACCCCUCUCAGCCUCUGUGUUGAGCCAGUGUCAAACCCCAACCCUUUGGCACCAGCUGCUCCAGUGCAAAGGCCCCCUCCCCCCACAGCUUAUUUUCCUUUCGGUUUUAAAUGCAAAAACACAAUUGUUAAAAGGAAAACACAGGACUAAAGAGGAAAGGAAUGAGUUUCCAGAGAGACUCGGGGGUGACUAUAGAGCCUGGUGUGGGUGGCCUGGCGACCCGAAUCUGGGAAGCUGCAGAUAAACCAAAGACGAAGGAGGCCCACAGGGCACCUCACGCCACACCAGCUGAGCCCACCGGCUCCCCCUGGAAGCAUGCCUGCUCUGCAUCCUGACCUCCAGUGGAGCCCCCGCUCCAGAUCAGCUUCCGGCUCACCCACCACCACAGGGUGCGGCAAGCAGGCUCCAUGGCACUGGUUUACACCCCCAUGGCCGCCACGUGAGGAGCUGGAACAGCACUUGGUACUUUCUGGUCUUUUAUGUUGUAAAAAAAUAAAGCCCUGUCCCCAUCUAC